CUUUCCGGAGGCAAAAGCCGUGAAAUCUGUCUUCACCAAUCUGAAGCCUUACGGUGGAAACUGCAGCGUUGAGCCAUUAGAAGGUAUUGCCCUGAGUGUAUCGUCGUGGAGUUAUUAAUUAAAUUCCCUUUAUAAGUUGUCUACGUGAAAGGUAAAACAUCAAGAGUUGUCUCAAUUCUUAUGAUUAAAAAAAAAAAUGUUCUGUAAAAAAAUAAAUUAUUCAAAUAUCUUCUAGUAUCCACAAAAAGGUUUAAAUUGUUUUUAAAAAAAAAUUGAAAAGAAUGAGCAUUCUCUAGUUAAACUAAUAUUUUAAUCUGACAUUAAAGCUUAUAUUUUACAAAUGGGGGCAUUCAGGCAUGCUUUUCACAACUUUCCUGGUGCAGUUGUGAUGUCAUCGUCCCUAAGUCAUUAAAAGAAUAAAUACUACACUAUAAGGUUGGGUUCUGAUCAGACUUUUUUUGUUCUUCCUUCAUGCCUUUGUUAGCAAAAUCCCGUAUCAUUAUUAUGUCUUCAGUUUAUUCUUUUUUUUUAAUGCCCAUAACUAUCAUUAUCCCAUCUGACGCUCGUCUGACUAAGCAAACUAUUUUUAUAAGUAUAAUUAAACAUAUCAUUUAUUACCUACAGGCAUCACAACGGUCACAAACUUUACGUUUAAAUUGCUCGGCUGGAAAGAUGAAGGCGCUAACCCUUAUCGAAAUCCCUUGAUAGAUUCUAGCGCUGGCCUGCAAUAUGAAGUUUAUCAAGAAACUGCCGUUGGCACGCAAAUUGUAUAUUCUCGGGGUAAGAUUUAAGGUAUCUAGGAAGCUUGAGAAGAAAGCCCCUAACAGGCAAUGCAAAAAAAAGUUAUUAGCCCAAACUUUAAUUUGCAACUGCCAGGACUGCUUUGAUGUAGGUAAGAAAUGUGUGUUUGGGUGGGGGAUGUAUGACGCACCCAGGUAGAAUGGUUUAAUCCGAGGUAAGAUGUUUUAUCUCAGUUAGAAUGGUUUUAUCUUAGGUAGAAUGGUUUUAUCUUAGGUAGAAUGGUUUUAUUAGGCCAGCUGAGCAUCUAUUCAUAAAGAACGAGAAAAUCCUGAUAAUAAAAUCUGUGCAAGCGAAUAAUCCAUUCCGUUCUAAAACAAUGUAGCAACAUGUCAGUCUAAAACUUACAGCACUAUGUCAGUCAAAAAAUUAUAACACCAUAAUAGUCAAAAACAUUAUAAAACCAAUCAGUCUAAACAUUAUAAAACCAUGUAAGUCUAAACAUUAAAACACCAUGUCAGUCUAAAGCAGGCCUGCACCAACAUACGGCCCACCAGCACCCACUUUGCUGCCCACGAAGUAACGAAAUAGUCUUUAUUAUUUCUAUUUUCUUUUAGCUUUCUCUCUAUCCUAUUUUCUUUUGACCAGUGCAAGUUUAUCUUAAAGUAUCACGGCCCCACCUCACAUUUUGAGUUGUUCAUGCCUAGUCUAAAGCAUUGUGGCACCAUAUCAGCCUACACCAUUAUAACACCAUAUCAGUCUAAAACAUUAUAACACCAUAUCAGUCUAAAACGUUAUAACGCCAUGUCCGUCUCUAACAUGGUAGCACGAUGUCAACCUGAAGAAUUGUAGCACCUAAGAGCUCACCGUAGCCCACCCACCGCCCAAAACAGAUGAAUGGAUGGCCCUAGUCGAUUUUGACGUACGAACAACACCAAGCACCAUGUCAGUCUAAAACAUUAUAACACCAUGACCGUCGCUAACAGUGUAGAACCAUGUCAGUCUAAAACAUUAUAACACCAUGACCGUCGCUAACAGUGUAGAACCAUGUCAGUCUAAAACAUUAUAACACCAUGACCGUCUCUAACAUUGUAGAACCAUGUCAGUCUAAAACAUUAUAACACCAUGACCGUAGCUAACAUUGUAGAACCAUGUCAGUCUAAAACAUUAUAACACCAUGACCGUAGCUAACAGUGUAGAACCAUGUCAGUCUAAAACAUUAUAACACCAUGACCGUCGCUAACAGUGUAGAACCAUGUCAGUCUAAAACAUUAUAACACCAUGACCGUCUCUAACAUUGUAGAACCAUGUCAGUCUAAAACAUUAUAACACCAUGACCGUAGCUAACAUUGUAGAACCAUGUCAGUCUAAAACAUUAUAACACCAUGACCGUCGCUAACAGUGUAGAACCAUGUCAGUCUAAAACAUUAUAACACCAUGACCGUCGCUAACAAUAUAGAACCAUGUCAGUCUAAAACAUUAUAACACCAUGACCGUCUCUAACAUUGUAGAACCAUGUCAGUCUAAAACAUUAUAACACCAUGACCGUAGCUAACAGUGUAGAACCAUGUCAGUCUAAAACAUUAUAACACCAUGACCGUCGCUAACAUUGUAGAACCAUGUCAGUCUAAAACAUUAUAACACCAUGACCGUCUCUAACAUUGUAGUACCAUGUCAGUCUAAAACAUUAUAACACCAUGACCGUCUCUAACAUUGUAGAACCAGGUCAGUCUAAAACAUUAUAACACCAUGACCGUCUCUAACAAUGUAGAACCAUGUCAGUCUAAAACAUUAUAACACCAUGACCGUCGCUAACAUUGUAGAACCAUGUCAGUCUAAAACAUUAUAACACCAUGACCGUCUCUAACAUUGUAGUACCAUGUCAGUCUAAAACAUUAUAACACCAUGACCGUCGCUAACAAUGUAGAACCAUGUCAGUCUAAAACAUUAUAACACCAUGACCGUCGCUAACAUUGUAGAACCAUGUCAGUCUAAAACAUUAUAACACCAUGACCGUCUCUAACAUUGUAGAACCAGGUCAGUCUAAAACAUUAUAACACCAUGACCGUCGCUAACAUUGUAGAACCAUGCCAGUCUAAAAUAGUAUAACACCCUGUCAGUAAAACUUGCGACACCAUCUCAAAGUAAUACAUGGUUACAUCGUAUCAAAGUUGAAAGACAUUUGCUAACAAUUUAGGCUAGAAGCAUUGUCGAUCAGCUUCAAAAUGACAUGCUUCAUUGUGACUAGGGGUGUAAAAAAUUCAAAUACGUCUGGUCAGACUCUUAAAGUGUUUGCAAAAUAUAUAUGUAUGUAUAUACAUUAGCUUUUUCAUUAAUGUUACAUUCUCCUAGGAUCAGACUAAUUGUGGAUAUUUUUCAUUGUUAACCUUAUAUGAAGCAUUUGGCAUUUUGCAUAUGUAUAUAAAUAUUUCAACAGUAGGAAGGCAUACUUAUAAAUUGUAAAUACCAUACAGCUUAAAUAUUUGGAGUUGUUUAAAAAAAUUGCCCACACUUUUUAAACAAAUAAUUUCAAACGCAAUAUAAAAUAUUUACUUAAGAUCUUCUCUUACAACUUGAAACGUUAAUUUGGCAAAUUGUGUUAAAUAACUUUUUUUUCGGUUUUAUUUGUAAUCUCUUUUAAAAUCCUAAAGGACAAGCAAGUCUGGUUUAAAAAAUAUAUAUAUAUAUAUAAUGCCUAAGGGUUCAGUUCAUCAUUUUUUUAAAAACAUUUUUAAAAAUCUAUUUACUAUUCCUGCUGUUUAAUUUCAGGGAAUAGUAUAUCUGAGGGAAUAUUCUUGUCAGAAUGUGUUGGCAGCGGCGGUAUCUGCAAUAUGACAGUGUUUGUCAUAGAUAUCUAUAAGGCAAAAACUACUUGCUUCUUCACAGUAAAAGUAAGGAGAAGGGUCAUUUUCAUAAUGCUAAUGUACAUAUACAUAUCAUAUGUAUAAUAUGUAUACAUAUAUAUAUAUAUAUAUAUAUAUAUAUAUAUAUACUAGAAAAUAACACCCGAUUUUAUUGAGAUAAUAAUAGCAGGCACUUUCCUAAAUUUCCAUAUACAUAACAUAUGUAUAAUAUGUAUACAUAUAUAUAUAUACUAAAAAAUAACACCCGAUGUUAUCGAGAUAAUAAUAGCAGACACUUUCCUAAAUUUUCCAACUGCUAUUGUGAAAACUCAUCGUAAUGCCGUAUUUUGAGAAGAAGUAUUUAUGUAAUGAUGUUGACUUUUUAACUUCAUUAAAAGUUUUAAAAGUAUUUUUCUGCUAUGUUUUAUACACUUACCCUGACCCCCUUUUCGCGCCCCUAAACUAAAAUUAUUUUUUCUCUAAACCUGAUCUUAAAUUGCCAAAACUAAAUGAUUACUGAUUAAAUCAUAAUGGUCACUUAAGGAGUUAAGGUGGGGGAAAAUACAUAAUCAUUUCUGACACACGCGGUUAUUAAAUCAAAGAAAGUUAGAGCUUUGGCUAACAUAGGCCGUUUGAGCUAUUACGUUAUUUGCGUGUUCAUUUAAUUCAAAUUUAUUUUAAUUUUAUUUGGCAAUAUUAAAAACGCAUUAAAACGCACACAAAAAAAAAACAACCUUACAAGUGAUUGGGUUUUCCAAAAUAAUGCGAUCACAAUGUAAUUCUUAGACCAUAUUUUUUGUAAUUUUUAUACUGUUUUUUUCUGUUGUUUUGUUUGCUGACGAAGGCUUCCUGCCGACACGUUCGUUGUUUUGUUGCGUUCUUUUUUUUUCAGGUUUAACCCUACUUUGUUUUACUCAUUUUAUUUUGUCCUAACAUUAUUGCAGUCUCUCCCAUUAUUACCCUUAUAUUAAUGAUAGUUAUAAGGAGAUUAAGUAGAAUUUUUUUAAAUAUUUUUUUUUUAAAUAGGAAAAGGAGAUACUAUGUUGCAUCCGUGGUUGACUUCUUUGACUAGCCAAAGAAACUUUGAGCUCUUGCCCAAUAUUUCUUUUUUACCAACAACUAAAAGCUUGUGUUAAUGCACCUAAUUUCUUACUUACCCAGAAAUUGUGUUUAAACACAUCUUUUGCAGAGCGUAAGGGGUGCGGAAAACCGCUACGUUGUCUUUUUUUUUAAACCUCACCGUUAAAUGAUUUGUCAAAACCCCUCCUUCCGCCAGGACAACUAUCUGUCAGAAUCCUAGAACUUUUUUUAAAAAUUAUUCAAGUGUAGAGUUAUUUGAGUUCUUGCCAGAUUUUCUGCAUACAGUUUUUCUACUUUUCAGGUGGCUGGGGUUCCUCUUACGCUUUCAAACAAUAGUUCCCAGACAAAUGAAAAUGUUGAC